UCAUAGAUAUUAUAAGGGCGCGCAUUAUAUAAAAAGUCUGAACUAAGCCAUAUGAAAAGUCUCACUUAAUUAAAAUGUUAUUGUCGCACUAUUAGGAAGAGACAAAUAGCCUCUGUACUUGAUAUCUCGCUUGGCUCGUUUUUCAGCUGGGAGUUCUUUGUCCAUGAUAUUAUAUUACUCUUUGUCUAUCGUUUUCGCCAUUAGGUGCCAUGUAAAGUAUAUAUAUUUUGAAAUUUUUGAAGUUUGGCUUUUAAAUUUACUUUAUUCUGAGAUUCGCUUUAGACUGGUGAAGGUUGUAAUCAAAGAGAACAGUAAUAAGUUGUAAUAUUGUAGGUUGUUCGAUUUAUUAAAAAAAAUAUCCACUAAAUAGCUUAAAUACCUAGCACUACUAUUUAGAUGUUUUUGUUACCAAAUUUGUUCCUGAUGAAGCAUUAUCGUUUCCAUUGCUUCGCUCAAUUCUAUCAGAGAUCGUUAGUUUUUUAAAUAAAAAUCAAUCUUAGAAAAAAGCCCUGUUUGGUUUUUGUCAUGUUUGGUUUGUGUUGUGUGUGCCGUUCAUAUCAAUAUUUUUUCUUUUUAUUUUAGAUUGUAAUUUCUUUUGGCAGCGGAACGUUAAUUUGAAAAUAUAAAUUUAUUAAAUGUGUAUGGAAUAGAAUGAAAGAAAUGAAUUCGACUUUACAAAAUUGUUCUGAUCUUUUGAACUUAGCUAGAAAAUUUAACUGUUUUUACCUAUCAGGAUUACACCAAGGCAUAUGUAAACCAUUUAUUGUAGCUGGUCACCAAGUGGGACUGAUUAGACCUGAUGUUAUGAAAUAUAUCCGAAAUUUUCCUGAGGUUUUUAUUAUUACAGAGAAAUGUAUUGAGUUAAAUCCAGCAUUCAGAGACUAUAGAGAAAGAACUAGAAAGGUUGCUGAAAUUCUGGGAGAUUUGAGGAAAGACAAUGAGAUAUGUGCUCUGAAAGGAUGGCGGGAUGAGUGUUUUGAAGUAAGUACCCCUUUGUGUCAUGAAAGUCUCCUGGAAAUGGACAGGAGCGCCAUCUGCUUGUUUGGCAUCAGAAAUUAUGGGGUCAGUGUAACUGGUUACUUGAACCAUCCUUCUAAAGGAUUAUGUAUUUGGUUACAACAACGAAGUUUUACUAAACAGACUUGGCCAGGAAAAUGGGAUUGUUUUGUAAGCGGUGGACUUGCAGUCGGAUAUGGCAUUCUAGAGACUGCUAUAAAAGAAGCUGCAGAGGAAGCUUCUGUUGAGGGGGAUCUUAUUAAGAAGUUGGUACCUGCUGGUUGUGUCAGUUUUUAUUUUGAAAGCGAAAGAGGUCUGUUUCCAAAUACAGAAUAUGUAUACGACCUUGAGUUGCCAUUAGAUUUCAUGCCACAAAAUGCUGAUGGAGAAGUUGAGAGUUUUGAAUUGUUGACUGCCGAAGAAUGUAUACAAAGAGCUCUUACACCACAGUUCAAGACUACAAGCGCUCCUGUACUCAUCGAUUUUCUGAUAAGAAAAGGCCACAUAAAUCCUGAGAAUGGUACGUUUAUGAAAUUAAUUCUGAAUAUAGUGAAAAUCUCAUGGUCUGAAUAUCAUGUUCGCCCAACAGAGAGAAUUUCUUACAAUGACCUGACACUUCAUAUCUUUUUCGCUCUUGCGCAAACACAGAUGCAUUUAACCAAUUUUGUCGUAGUAAAUUGAACCUAAAAUGUUUAAGAUAUCUGUAUUAACCAGUAGGCAUAAAGGUCAACGUACGAAAUUCUUUCUGUUCGGCGACCGUGCUAUGUCCUCAUUGUUAUAGCAAUUUGUGUAAAUUUCCAGAAUCGAAUUACCGGUAUUUGGUGGAGCUACUGCAUGUUCCUCUACAGUCAAUUUAUAAUUGGCCGUACAACAUCGUUGCUGCAGUUAAUGGUGAUGGAAAAAUAUUAAAUAACAUUAAUUAAAAAUUACUUUAUUAUAUAUUACUAUAGCAGUGGUUCCUGACCUUUUCAUAAUUUUACCAAAUAGCUAUUAGGAAUACUGAUUUUACUCCGACCUUAAAAUGCUGCUAAUACAAACAUUACAAGAAAAUACAGAUAUCUUUAUGAACAAGUGAUGGUUAUUGUCGCUUUGUAUUUACCAGUAUUUGAUGUUAGGUUUAGGUUCGCUUUAAGUAAUUUUUCUUAAUUAUUUCGUUCUUUGUUUUCUCCACAUAGCUGAUUUACCCUUCGGGGGAAAUUACCACUAGGUUAGGAACUACUGUACUAUAGUCACGGUAAAUAUAUUAUACAGUAUUGUACUUCAGGCCUAUUCUUGUAUCAACUACCUACACCGCGCGUUAUGCAACUUGCAAAAGGGCUGCCCAUCGAUAGUAG